AUGAUCAAAAAAUCACCAAACAAAACAUCUACAAUGACUACAUCUCCCAAAUUAAAAUGUAUUUUAGAAAAGCUUAUUAGAGAAUUAGCCGACGAAAUUAAUUACUUAUUAACAACCAAUAUAACCACUGAUGGUAAAAGCUUAUUGUAUUCUUUAGCAUACUGGGCAAAAAGAGUGAUGUUCAAUGAUGAAUAUAACUAUGAUACAACGGCUUAUGAUUAUUUAGGUUAUUUAUAUGAAGAUGUAAGAGUACUAUUAUUAAGAUUCUAUUAUUAUGAAGGUUAUGCUGAUCAUCUUAAUAAUUGA